CUAGCGGCUGCUCAGUCGAGCGCCGACCGCUAACCGCCUCGCGUCGGUACCUUGCUCUCUCGCUCUCUGUCUCUUUCCCUCUCUCUCUCUAUCUCUCUCUCCGCUCUCUUUCUCUCUCCCGUUCGGUCUGUCGCUGUAUUCUCGGUUCGGUUCGCGCCGCCAACGACAACGCCCCGCGAGUGCUGUUUUGUUGUUUUCUUGUUUGUGCCCCGACAGGUCUUGCCCGGCGUACAUCCUGCACCACAGCUGCUGAUGCAACGAGAGCUGAGCUCGCGGCCGACAGAUCAGAAGCAGAAGCAUCAGCAACGGAUGCCGCGUCGACGACUUUGCUGGGGGCUCGCCUGACUGCCGCUCGCAAAGCUAGCCUUGGCGAUUCGAUAUAAGGCCAUCGAGCAGCAGCAGCAGCAGCAGCAGCAGCAGCAGCAGCAGGCUUUCAGCGGCGACACGCUGCAGACCCACGUAAAUGGCCGGCUGCACCAGCAGCACCAAUACAGCAACCAGCACGAUCAGCGUCAACGCUUGGACACCAUGAGGGACGGUGUCUUCGACGUCAACGAGCUGAUGACGAAGAGCACAGGAUGUAAGACGCGACGCCUGUUGCUCAUUGGUCUUGUGGUGACGAUAUUGCUGGUGCUGGUGAUCACCGCGACUGCUGCAGUCCUUCUCAGCGGUAAUGACCGCGAAACCGCGAGAAUUGAAGCCUUCACCGGCCAAGGCAUCUCCCUCGAGGAAUGGCUUGGUGGGUCACUCUCUACCAAAGGCUUCAAUGGCACUUGGCUUAGUGGUGACGAGAUUUUUUACGAGGACGAGAGCGGAAAUUUGAUGAUAUUCAACGUCACGUCAAAGCGCAGUCGAACAGUUCUCAACAUUAGCAAUUCCGCGCUCAGCGCGAGCUUCGAUCAUCAGUUCUCGGCGGACCGCAAGUACCUGCUGUUGGCUUUCAAUUAUCAGAGGCAAUUUCGUCACACAUACCUGGCCCAGUACAAGAUCGUGAACUUGGAGACUUUACAAGAGACAUUGCUGACCAGUAACGAGUCGCAAGGAUUACAGCUGGUGGUUUGGGCGCCUCAGGGUAACGGCCUCGUCUACGUCUUACAGAGUAACAUCUAUUACCGACCUCAAGCUGAAGUUGCCGAGGACUACCAGAUCACAACUAGCGGCGCCUUCGGCACGAUCUACAACGGUGUACCAGACUGGGUGUACGAAGAGGAGGUAUUCAGUUCUAACAAGGCAGUAUGGUUCUCUCCGAGCGGCACCAAAUUGGCCUUCGGCCACUUCGACGACUCGCACACACCAGUAAUGAACAUCCCUUACUACGGGUUUCCGGGAUUGACUUUUCAAUACCCCACAGCCAUAUCAAUUCAUUACCCAAAGAGUGGCACGCAAAAUCCAUUGGUGAAAUUAUUUUACGUCGAUUUGGAGCAAGUCAUCAGCGGCAACGUGAGUUUAAUUGAAAUAGAAAGCCCAUCAAAACUGUCACGCCAGGAGAGAAUUUUGGCAGCAAUUUCUUUCCCCACUGAGAGCCUUGUGUCUAGCAUAUGGAUGAAUCGAGUACAAAAUCAAGCUUAUUUCCAUCUCUGCAAUGUGGUCACUCGCAAGUGCAACACGGCCCUUGAGUACAAGGAAAGAAACGGCUGGGUGGAACAGUUCGUGCCUCCAUUAUUUAGUAAAGACGGUACAGGUUUUCUUCUGAUUCUGCCGCAAAAACAAGGCAAUCGAGGCGAUUGGAGACAUGCGGUUUUAGUAACGAACGCUACAACCGACUCGCCGAAACUGACCGCGCUGACUUCGGGUCUCUUUGUGGUCACGGAAAUCGUGGUUUGGGACGAAGACAAUCACUACGUAUACUAUCUGGCGACGAAAGCAGAGGAUCCUGGCCAAAAGCACUUGUAUCGAGUUUCACUGCUAGAUCGAAAUCGUCGCGGUAGCAACGAUUGCCUGAGUUGCGGAAUCAAGAGCGAAUCCGACUCCAGUUACUGCCUAUACAACUCGGCAGAAUUCUCCAAGGACAACUCGCACUACGUGCUCACGUGCGCUGGUCCUGGAAUUCCGGAAAUCACAAUUCAUAACAGGAACUCAACGAAACUGUAUACGUGGGAGGGUAAUAAAGCCGUGGCGGAGAUCAUUCUCGAGAAGUCUCGUCCGAUAGUAAAGAGAUUUACCGUACCAGUGCCUGGAGGUUUCGAAGCUCAGGUUAAAUUGCUUCUGCCUCCUAACGCCGACUUGUCCGGAAAAACAAAAUAUCCUAUGUUAGUCUUUGUAUAUGGCGGUCCAGAUACGAACGAAGUUACGGAGAAAUUCAAUAUUGACUGGGGAUCAUAUUUGGUUACUAACAAAAGUAUCAUAUACGCGUCAAUUGAUGGAAGAGGUACUGGAUUGAAAGGCAACAGUAUGAUGUUUGCAGUUUACAGAAAUCUCGGCACUGUCGAAAUCGCGGACCAAAUAAACGUGACAAGGCAUUUGCAGAAUGAGCAUUCGUUCAUCGACCGUACGAAAACAGCAAUAUGGGGCUGGAGUUACGGAGGCUACGCGACGGGGAUGGCACUGGCAAUGGAUUUCGACGGGAUUUUCAAAUGCGGCUUGUCAGUUGCACCCGUGACCGACUGGACGCUUUACGAUUCCGUUUACACCGAGAGAUUCAUGGGUCUACCCAACGUCGCCGACAACCUCGGCGGAUAUGACCAGAGCCAAUUACUCAAUAAAGUCGACAAUAUUAAGCACAAAGGCUACUACCUGAUACACGGUACACUUGACGACAAUGUACAUUACCAGCAAUCUAUGCUGCUUGCCAAGAUGCUCGAACAAAAGGAUAUUUUGUUCAGGCAGCAGACAUACACCGACGAAACUCACGAUAUCGCACGAAUGCGCCUUCACUUAUAUCAUUCGAUGGAGAAUUUCCUUGAUGAAUGCUUCAAAUCAUCGUCAUGAGUGGAAAAUAGCUUUUUUCGCCGUUGGAUGGGUUGUAUGAUUUGUACAUAAAUGUGUACAAUAUUGUAACAUGAUUGUUUGUGUAAAUAGUCGACUUUAGGACGAUACAGGUGUCAAAAAAAAAAAGAGCAUUUUUCAGUUGAUAAAAAAAAAUCGCAUGUAGCGAAACAUUUUUCAAAAAGGUGAUGAAAAAAAGAAGUAUUUUUUAUGAAUUACAAAAUUACAAUAUUGCCAUGUGAAAUAAUGUGAGGGUAGUUUGUGAUCUGAUGCGAGAGGAUUUCUAUAAUUAUGUGAAGCGAGUGAAUUUUAAUGCUAUAAAAAGCUUGGUACUUACUAAUUGUUACAAAGUAAUACAGCUUUUUAUUCAAUUUUAUAAAAGUAAAAGAUAAAAAAAAGAAACUGAUGUGUUGUACAACGUCGUAUAAGACAAUGAAUAAAGAUUUCCUAUAUGUUGUUGUUAUAUUUUAAAUUUAUUCGAUCUAAAAUGAAAUAUUUUAGCUAAAGUUUAGGAUAAAGUGUAUUAUCUAUAUGAUUACGCCAUUUAUUAUUUUCCCUUUAAAUUCCUUGAUGAAUUUUUUUAUUUAUACAGCAAAGUGAGAAAACCGUGAUUUGUCAAACUUCAUUACUGUGAAGUGCACAUUUUAAAGUAUAAACAUGUAAUAUAUUGCACAAUAACGGAUUUGUAAAUAAAAAAUAUAACAGGUUCAGCGAGUCACAAUUUUUUAAUCCAACAAGGACCAUUACAACAUUUUUGACAACUAAUCAAAAUAAAUUUAUUACAAAAAAAACUUGUUAACUUUUAAUAUUUGAAGUCUUUAAAUAGUGUAAAUAUCAGAUCACCUCAUUAAAGCGUAAUCAAGGUAGAGUUUGGUAAGCUCUGCUUCUGCAGACUUACAAUAAAAUUUAAAGAGCUGCUUGUAUAAUCAUCAAUUAUUUGUUAAAUGUAAAACAAAUAAAGCUCUAUGUUUUAAUAAA